ACAUGAGGGCGCAAUUCUGUUUCAUGGCUGGUCGACAAUCUCGUGAACUGAGUCAAGUUUUGGCCGAAAAUGGCUGUUUCUAAGAAGGCAGCAGCCCGUCUUGAGACCGAAAUCGAGAAAUAUCGUGUUGAAUGUAACUGGGAGAAGGUUUCUGAGCUGAUCAAGAAUACCAAGACGAAAAUACCCGCACUAGAGACCCUUUCCCAUUUAGCAUUAGGAGAGAGCGAGUUGGAGUUGUACCUGCUUCAGAACCCUCCCAGCGCAGCCGUCAAGAAGAAUGCAAUCAAGCAGCUGGCCAAUGCUAAGCAUCAUCUCCAUCUAGCAGCCAAAUCAGGCAGCAAGCAUGCCCUGCGCAUCGACGCCCAGUUGCUGCUUGCCAAGCUAGAGUACGCUAUCGGGGAAUACGCUGAUGUCUUGAAGCACUUUGAUAAGAUUCAUCUGGAGGAAUUCACCAAGUCGUCCAUGUCCUGUACCAGACUUAAAGCAGUGGCAGAGGCAUUUGCAAUCAAAGGAAUGUGCAAGGAAAAGCAGGUCUCCUCCAUCACCGAUGAGGUGGAGAAACAAAAGCUGAAGGAGGACAUUGCCCUGUGCUUUGAGAAGGCAGGAGACAUGGCACUGCUGUAUCUACAGGAGGUGGACAAAGGUCGCGGAGCAGGCUCAGUGUUGUCCUCCACCAGUAGUCUCGGUGGCAGCGGCAACUUGGUAGGACCAGUGCUGGAGACAGCUGUACAGAGAGCGCCGCUCAUACACAUACAGGAGGGGAGAUUGGAUCAAGGCAUCGGUCGGUUCCGUCAGAUUCUGAAGGCUGUUGAGGCAAGGACUUCCCAGGGUAUCCGCACCACCAUGGCCAGAGAGCUAGCUGAGGUCCUGCUAAGAGGUGUCUGUAAGAACAGAUACACGCCGCCCCCAAUUGAGAAGGAACCAGAGAAAGAAGAGAAGUCUAGUACCCCGGGUUCUCUGCCCCGCGGGCCAGGCUCGGCCUCUCUGUCCUCUCUCAGGCCGGUCAGCUCAAGAGGCUCCUUCAGGCCCAAGAUGUACACCACGGAAAGCCGUCCCAGUCACUGCCCAGAUGAACUCCUGUUCGUGCCCAAGAAUGUUGAAGAAGAAGCGCUGUUGCUUUUGCUGAUUAGUGAGCUUCAGGUCAACCGUGAUGUUGUUCUAAGUCGCUCCAAGGAGCACACUCAGAGUAGAGAGCACACUUUCCUUCACGCUACGGCCGUCUAUGACUUGCUUGCCAUCACGCUGUCUAGGAGAGUCCAGUACAGUAUGCUUGCUGAUCUUUUGGAUGGGACCAUGAAGUUUUCCUACCAGGAGUUCCACAUGUGGUACCAGUUUGCACUGGCGCUCAUCAGUGCUGGCAGGUACACAAGGGCCUUGUUGGUGCUGCGAGAGUGUGCCACGAUGCAACCAAAGAAUGAGCUAGUGUUGCUACAGGCCGCCAAGAUAUGUUUGGAGAAACUCAACAUGAUCAACGAAGGCAUAGAGUUUGCUGAAAAGGCUGUGGCGCUGGGAGAUAGAGGCCCAUUUGCUGCCAAGAGCUAUCGCUGGCUGGGUGUUGGCUACACGCUCAAGGCUAACGAAACCUCCAUCCACACAGAGAGGCAGGAACUGCAGAAGAAGGCCCUGAAGGCCCUGGAGAAAUCCCACUCCCUGGACAGUGGUGACUUCCUGGUCCUGUAUCACAUCGCGUUGCUGCUGGCAAUAUCCAGACAGAUUCCAGAGGCUCUCUUGAAGGUCCGCGAGUCUCUGAGACUGAACGGCGAACACAUCCCCUCUCUACACCUCCUGGCCUUGUUGCUAUCGGCCCAGAAGCAGUACGGGGAGGCCCUGGGUUUGAUAGAAGUAGCCUGCAACCAGUACCCAGAUAGUAUCAGUCUGAUGUUCACUAAAGUCAAGCUAGAGGAGAUACAGUCGGGUCCAGAGGAAGCAUUGAUGACAUGCAAACAGAUGCUGUCUACGUGGAAGGAGACCUAUGAUGCUAUGCAGAGUGAAGAGACCAGUCGGGGAACAGGACUCCUAGACAUCGUGACGAGUGACCGACGCAGCCUGGCCCAGAUGCACCUCUCAGAGUACAGUGAUAGAGACUCAGGCUCUAUCCAUAAUUCCAUCGCUGCAUCCCGUGUAGAGCACGCUCUCUCUGAGGUAGCCUCGUCUGAAGGUAGCUCCAUCCCCAAGCAAGGACGAUCUCAACAGAUCUGGAUGAUGCAGGCUCACAUCUGGCUGGCCAUUGCUGAGUUGUACCUGAGUCUUGAGAAACCCAAUGAAGCCAGAGCCUGCGUACAAGAAGCCUCAUUGCUCUUCCCUCUCUCACAUCACAUCCUUUAUGUUCGAGGCUGCAUUCACGAGUACAACCAGGACUACACGGAGGCCAAGACGUGUUACGACAGCGCCUUGGCCAUCAACCCGUCUCACAUCAAGAGCAUGCAGACUCUAGGAGCCGUGCUGCUGUCCCUGGAGCAGUACGAGAUGGCUGAGAAAGUGCUGAGGGAUGCGGUGAAUAUCGACCCCACGGCGCAUAUGUCUUGGAUCAAUCUGGGUAAGGUCUUGGAAGCCCAGGGUGAGUACGAGUCAGCCAGUGACUGCCUCCUGACGGGAUUACAGCUGGAAUCCACCUGCCCGGUCCAGCCCUUCACAACGGCAGGCAGACUGGCCUGAGAUGUACUCCC